AUGAAGAAGAAUGAGCGAGACAGCAACUUCUUCCGGCUGUACAAGAACAAGUACCUCAUCACGGGCGUGACGAUCCUGUCCUUCAUCCUGAUGUUUCAGUACAAGUACCACGAAGUGCUGACCCUCCACGACAAUAGCGAAAAUGCAUCGCAGAGCAACAAGCUCUUCUGGGCGCGUCUCCUCUUCGGGAGAACAAGGAGUCGCAUCACAGGAGAGAUAUUCAAAAUCGAAAUCCCAAACACGUACCGAUUGCUCAUCUUCAACUUUUUAAUCAAGUACAUGAAGAUUAACAAGGAAGAAAUAAAGUACCCAAUAGAGUCAUACAAAUCCUUUGGGGAAUUCUUCUCCCGUUAUAUAAGAGAGGAAACGAGACCCAUUGGAGAUGUAAGUGACUACUCUAUAGUCAGCCCAUGCGACAGUGAGCUCAUGGAUUAUGGAGAGCUGUCAUCAGAUUAUUUGGAAAACAUUAAGGGGGUCAAAUUUAACGUAAACACGUUUUUGGGUUCUAAUUUUCAGAAAAAGUACAACGAUGGCAGUACCAAAUUUUUUUAUGCCAUUUUUUAUUUGAGUCCCCAAAAAUACCACCACUUUCAUGCCCCCUUUAACUUCAAGUACAAAAUUAGGAGGCACAUAUCUGGGGAGUUGUUUCCUGUUUUCCAGGGGAUGUUUAAAAUUAUUAAUAACCUAUUUAACAUCAACGAGAGGGUCAUUCUAUCUGGAGAGUGGAAAGGUGGGAACGUCUACUAUGCAGCCAUUAGUGCGUAUAAUGUGGGCAAUAUUAAAAUAAUUAAUGAUGAGGAGCUCGUCACUAAUAAUAUGAGGACUCAGCUGAGCUACAUGGGGGGAGAUAUCAACACCAAGAUUUUCGACUCCUUUAAAAGCGUCGAAGUGGGAGACGAAAUUGGGGAAUUCAAAAUGGGCUCUUCCAUUGUCGUCAUCUUUGAAAAUAAAAAGGACUUCUCUUGGAACGUCCAGCCCAACCAGACUGUCUCCGUGGGCCAGCGCCUCGGCGGAGUGGGCGAGCCCGUCCGGGAGAAAAACAGGUUCAUCAAGAUCAGGAGCUGAGGCCGCCCAGUUUCGCAGCGAAGUGGCGAAGUAGCGAAGUAGAGGCAAAGUUGCAAAGCUGCGGCGCAGUUGCGCCAUCACGAACGACUGCCUCUCUACAGUUUGCUCGCGGCUCUGUUUAUGUGACGUCUCCCUCCACACACACACACCUCAACCGCUUCGCACCCGCGUGGUGCCCAUCACCUGGCUCCCACAUUUUUCAAAUACCACACGAAGUGGGUUUCUCCCCUCCGUCUCGCUUUUCCCACACAUUUUUCAAAUACCUGACGAAGUGGGUUUCUCCCCCCCUCCCCCACAUCUAUUGCAAGCGCACCAUCAACAUAUAUGCAUGUAUGUUCACCCGAAGAGGCACAACGGUAUGUGGCGCGUGUGCGUGAGGUGACUCAUUCUUUUUUUUUUUUUUUUAUAUGUGAGGUGACACAUAUGUGCGUAUUUUCGCUGAGAGGGGGCCCCCGGUGUACCCUGCACCUAGGUGAUUUUUCAUUUGUAAUUAAAUUGAAUUAACUGAUUUCAUUUGCAGUUGAUGUGUUUCUUUGUCUCUUCUUUUUCUUCGUCCUCUCCGUGUUCUCCGCAUUCUCCUUCUUUUUCUUCGCCUUCUC